AUGUCUGACCAACUUUCCCCGGGCUGUAAACUCAUCAUAAAUACAGGCAGCGGCUCUACGGUUACUGGUGUACUACAUGCCUUGGACGAAGCACUUGGGAAAGUCGUCUUGAAAAGGGGCAAGUCUAAUAAUAUAACUGCUUCAGGUUCAAGGUUAUGUGGACUCCAGAAUUUCUACUUCUCAGACAUGACUAAAUUGCAAGUCAUAAAAGAGACCCCUCAAUCAAGCAGUAAGAGGUCAUCACUUCCUGACAGCAAUAAAAGAUGUAUGGAUGGAAAUGAUGAAAGUGAAUUGCCUGAUGCAAAUGCUGACAGUUCAUUGUUGAAUGUCAACGAUGAAUAUUAUGAAACAGAUUACUACACAUUGAUUUACAGACUAGGGGACAAGUUUUACGAGGCUAUUGACUAUAUCAUGGGGCAAGAGGCUAUUGGAGUGACAUUUGAGGGAGUCGACAUUGGGAGAAAUGGCGUUCUGUCAGUUGUUCAGAUCAGUACAGAGACUGACGUCAUUGCCUUCGACAUAUUGGAGUUGGGGACAGAGGCUUUCGCUGAGGGCCUGCAGGCUGUGUUUGAAUCCAGCAAUAUUGUCAAGGUUAUCCAUGACUGCCGAUGGAUAUCUGACAUGUUGCAUGAACAGUUCCAUAUUCGUGCAGCCAAUAUCUUUGACACUCAGGUAGCCAACGCCUAUGUCUAUAGGAUCUUACACAACGGAGACUGGCCACGGUAUGUAGAGAGCCUGCCAUCCUGCCUGGUCAAACAUCUCAAGUUGCAGCGACAGGAUGUCACUUUUUGUAAAGUCAAAGAUGGUAUUCAAGAGAGACCUCGCCAGUCUCCUUGGCUUCAGAGACCCUUGCCGCAGCAGCUGCUAUCUGCGGCACGGAGAAAUGUCAGCUACCUUGGCAAACUGCACCAGGUACUGCUCAACAAGAUGCUGUAUGAGUUCAGGAUGGGGGUGCAGAUCUACAUGAGUCAUGUGAGAAACAUGGACGGGGAGGUCGAGUCUUGCCAGAAACAUGGAUACCUUUUGCCUCCAAUUUUCUGGAAGAUUCCAGAACUCGUAAAGUUGACCUGUGGUGACAGUAAGGGUCAGAAUGAUUCCAAAGAUGCCAUGGGAAAAGAUUUGCCGGUACCAGAGCGGGCUUUUUUAGGUUUUAAUUCAGUGAGACCAAAGCCUACAGAAGCAGCGGGUAAGUUUUAUUUGAAUCAGAAUGAUACAAGAGAUUGGAAACUUCAAGAAAAGAACAUGGUCAGGAAUGGAUAUGAGGGGAAUGCUAACAUGACUGUGGACCAUAGAAGUGACAGAGACCAUUCCCUGGCUGAUCUGGGUUUUACACAUGACAGCUAUUUCAGCAAUGGCAGUAGGAAGCUUGACCCAGAUAGGCUGAGAGAUAAGAACUCACACACACAAAAGGAAAUUGUCUGCAGGAAUCACCAGGAUUUCAGUUUGCCUUCUUUACAGAUAUCAGAAAGCCACCUUAGAUCUGAGAGUCAGAUAGAAUGUGACAGAAAAGAGUUCUACAAGCCUGCAGCAGAUUUAUGCAGUCGUUUAGACACACCAGAAGUUCUCAUGCCAACUGACACUGAACAAGAUUGUCUGUCAAAAACAAUUCCUGACAGUGACACUAACUGCAGAAGAGCCAUGCCAAAAUUGGUGAGAGUUCAUCAUAAUAUGCAAUCAUCCGGAAACCUGUCUGAGACGUCUGAUUGUGACGGCACACCAAGCAGAAGACCCCCUUCUGUUGAUCAGCUGCAUUCUUCACAUUUGUCCAGAUCUUUUCACAGCCAGUCCCCCAGCAGUGAUUCAGAAUCUUGGCUGGCCCGUCUUUCAACUCCUGAAUUAAGUAUUUCCAGAGGAAAAGACUUGGCUUGUUCUUCUUUUCUUCCAGCGGGGUUUGAUGCAGUUAGAAAGAAAAAGCUCACAGACCAGAAGCAGAGCCACAGCUCAGACAAGGAGUGCGAAACUAACAACCAGGAUUGUCUAUCGGCAUCCUUGGAGGAAGACUUAUGCUACAUUCCAAUGCAAGGUUCCUUAAUGUGUCGACAAGAACGACCCCUUGGUGUCACCUCAUUUGACUUUAAAGAUCCCAUUUCUGAUUCUGAAGGCAAUGUGCAGUCUCCAAGCAACUCCCAGUUCUACAGGGAUUCACACCUAGGCUCCCAGUUCUACACGGAUUCACACCUAGGCUCCCAGGCUGACAACGCCAAUGAACAGGAAAGUAUGGAUCAGUUCCAGAAGUCUGAAGUCUUUCAGAAAGUAUUGAGGGUUGCUUCCUCCUUGCCAUUGGACAAUUUGAAGAGCAAGUUGUUGCCCUCUAAAGUAUCUCUGUAUGGCAAAUGA